AUGUUGGAUUCUUAUAUUGAGGGUGAAAAUGUAGAUGCUACAAUGUUUAAACAGUUUGUUGGCUCAUUGAGAUAUCUUUGUAACACCAGAUCUGACAUCUGUUAUUCAGUUGUAAUGUUAAUUAAGUUUAUGAACAAACCAAAGUGGUCACAUUACCAAGCGAUUAUUAAGAUUUUGAUAUAUAUUAAGGGGACUUUGAAGUAUGGAUUGUUAUUCCCUUCUGGUGUUAAGUCUAAAUCAGAAUUGAUGUGCUAUUUAGAUUCUGAUUGGUGUGGAGAUAGAGUUGACAAAAGAAGUACUUAUGGAUAUUUUUUCAAGUAUCUAAGAGGUCUUAUCUCUUGGUGCUCCAAGAAGAAACAAAUGCUUGCAUUGCUAACCUGUGAAGUUGAGUGUAUUGCAGGUGCUUUGUCUGCGUAUCAAGCUAUCUGGCUUAUGAAUUUGUUGCAGGAUCUGAAGAUCAAAGACAACAAGCAUGUGAAGUUGAUGAUUAACAACAAAUCAACCAUAAGCCUUGCCAAAAAUCCAAUGUUGCAUGGAAGAAGCAAGCAUAUUGACACAAAGUUUCAUUUUUUGAGAAAUCAGGUUCAUAAUGGAGUGCUAGAAGUUGUGCACUGUAGCACUCAGAAGCAACUUGCAGAUGUUCUGACUAAAACUAUCAAAACUGAACAUUUUGUCCACUUGCGGGAUGAAAUUGGAGUUGUAGAUUUUAAUUAG